AUGGAUGACAGGACUGUCGUUGAUCGGGGGAAUUUCUCACGAGAGGAACUGCUGCGAUUGCUGUCCUAUUUCGAGGGCGAGCUACAGGCACGAGACAUUGUUAUCGCCGCUUUGAAGUCCGAGAAAGCCAAACAGUUGGUGCACGAAGCAAAGUAUGGGCAGCUUACCGGCAGCGAUCCGAUCAAAGCAUUGCAACGCGACUCGAGUUUUGCAGACGAGGAGAAUGGGGUCGAUGAAUCGGCUAUCGGGCGGAUGUACGAAACGCAGCUUAUACAGUUGGAACGCUUGAUUAGUGUGCAACGUCGCUGCCAUAAUCGCUCCAAGCAAGUAAAUAUUUUUUGCCAGUUGUAA